AUGCUAAACGAGGCAAGGCUUUGGUGUGAAGCAUUAUUAGCUAGACUUCCUUUUACUUCUUUCCAGGACGAAAGUAUCAAUAAAAUGGCUAUUUUCAGGAUUCUCGCAACUAUAUAUGAUAAGGCUGGUAUGCGUCGACGAUCAACAGAAAUCUUAUCAGAUUUUACCCAGUUAGGUCAUAACGUAAUAAACAAAGAGUAUGAAUUCUACAAGAAUAACAUAAACGAGACAGACGAGAAAUUGGACAUACCAUUAUAUAUAGAUGAGUAUGAUGACCAUUAUAAACAGUUAUGUAGAAAUAAUAGAAAACCACUAAGUGAAAUAUCUAGACUAUAUUGUUUCUUUAAACCUACAUCUAUACCGUACUAUAAAGCAAAAGUAGAAAUUGUAAAUUUAAAGCCAGAAAUAUAUCUCUUCCACGACGUCAUUUCAAAGACUGAAGCAGCAUAUUUCAGGAAUGAGGCCAAGAAAAGGUUUGAAAGAUCUUCUGUUGAAACCAACGAGGGAGACAUUGGUUUUAAUAUUGAUACAACACGAGUAAGUCAGACGGCAGUUUUACAAGACGAACCUGGAAUAGUUAAAAGAGCAACCCACAGAGUUGGACUACUAACAGGUCUGGCAACACAAUGGUCGCCUGUCAUGCACAAUGCAGAACCAUUCCAAAUAGUUAACUACGGAAUAGGAGGAAUGUACCAUCCACAUUAUGACAGUAAUGAAAAACGAGUACCAGAUGAUUUAAAUGAAACCAAAUACCCAGAACUGAGAGGAGCUGGUGACAGAAUUGCAACCUGGUUAUAUUACUUAAAUGAUGUUAAAAUAGGUGGCGCUACAGUAUUUCCAGAAGUAAAUACCAGAGUUCCUGUUAUACAGGUAUAUGCACCUGUCCUAAGUCAGGAAUCUGAUGUACAGUAGUUGUCGUUUGUUUAUGUAAUAUAUACAUGUUUCUCGUUUCUCGUUUUGUUUAUAUAGAUUAGACCGUUGGUUUUCCCGUUUGAAUGGUUUUACACUAGUAAUUUUGGGGCCCUUUAUAGCUUGUUGUUCGGUGUGAGCCAAGGCUCCGUGUUGAAGGCCGUACUUUAACCUAUAAUGGUUUAAUUUUUAAAUUGUUAUUUGGAUGGAGAGUUGUCUCAUUGGCACUCACACCACAUCUUCCUAUAUCUAUAUACAUUAUG